AUCUAUCACAUGCACGGCUUCAGUAGGAAUGAGUGAGACGGCGGAGUGGUAUGUCCGGGAAAGCUACGGGUUAAUUUAAGACUAGGAGCAAAACCUGUUGCCAAUUAGGAACAGUGAGCGCCACAUGUGGGUUAGACGUAGCUAUCUCCAGAAGGGGCAAAGGGGCCAGAACCCGCGAUGUUCACUAUGAAGACAGGCUGCAUGUCUGCGCAGUCAGGCUUAGGGUGCGUUUGUAAUUAGGAUUUAGGGGCUGAAGGAUUGAUGCGCAAAAAGGAGCACCGUUCGCACGCGGCCUGCUAUAGUUUCUACAGUCUAGGUUUACAGCAUGGCCUGGGUUUCUACUUUGAUUUUCUUCUGUGUCCCGUCUUUACUCGGCGGAGCAGAGAGCGCGUCUGAGAUGUGCCGAGGUUCGCCUUGCUUCUCUGCCCAGGACUGGAGCAGACCGUGCGUCGGAGCGCACUGCCAGGGGCGCACGGAGGCAACAACGUCCAGAAGGCAGUUUCAUCAAUCUGCUCAGCCCAGACAAGCUCAGGUCUACUCUCAUCACCAAAAAGACGCUCAUUUCACUCAUCAUCAGGCUCAGAGUGCGCCCAUAGCGCCCUACACCGUCAUCCACCCUCAACAUGGAGGCUUUGCGCAGCAAACUGGCACGGAUGGUGCCAGGAGGACAAACCCAAGAACCAUCACGGCAGAGGUGUUCCAUCCUGGCUGCGCCGGGGGUACCUGCCCGACCACCGUCUCUCACCGUCAGCCGAGUGACGACAGUGCUGCACGAGAGUGCAAAGGGAUCGGAUGUAAGUUACCACUGCGGAUGCGUCAAAAGUCCAAGCCGUGCGCCGGGGACGGUUGCGAUGAGCACGGAGGCGACUACAGAAGAGGCAGCUCGUCGCCUGUACAUAUGAGAGACAGAGCAGCACAGUUUAUGGACGAGCUUCCAGACUAUGGAUCGGAACGUGGAGCGUGGAUACAGCUGACAUGUGACAUGAAACCAGGGACCAACGAGGUUCCCUCAGAGGAUGCUCUUGUGCUUCAACUGCAGUUGUCCAAGAGCCAGGAGAAGCUGGUUGAGGCCCUCAGGGGCCAGCAGGAUGAGAUCAGGGAGCUGCAGAGGCUCCUGAAUGAGCAGCAGGGGACGCUGGUCAACCAGCAGAGAGAAAUACUGGACCAGCAGAGGAGAAUGUUUGAACAGAUGGAGCAAGUAAAAUCACAGUACAACGUAUUGGUGGACAGUGUCAAACAAACGUCUGCGCAGCAGCUGCAGGGGGAGCUGGACAGCCACCUGGAAACCUUGAGGGGGCAGGUCAGAGCCCGUCAGAUGCAGCAGGCCCUGUCUCUGCACAAGGUGGACGUGGAGGCCAGCGUGGUGGAGGUGGGAGGUGCCUUCAUAUCCUGUGACAGUUGUGGCCCUGAGAAGUACUGCGACUUCAGUGGCGGCCGUGCUCGCUGUGAGAGGUGCACUGUCUGUCCCGCCGGCUUCUUUCUGGUCGCCCAAUGUUCGCUCCACGCAGACAGAAUCUGUCAGGACAGAGAUGAAUGUCUGGAGAUUGCCGAUCUGUGCGGAGGUCCACAAAAGUGUCUGAACACCCCAGGUGGCUUCAAGUGCCAGGGCAUGACAGAGCGAGACGCCUCCACGGGAAUGUGUGGCCACGGCUACUUCUACAACUCGGACAUGGAUGAGUGUCAGGCCUGCACCGAGUGUGACGAAGAACCUGUGAGUUCGCCCUGCACCUUCACCACAGACACCAUCUGCUCUGACCCACCGCCUGGCGACAGCGACCUCUCGCUCUCCUGGGCCGGAGACGUGAGCCUGCCCGGCGGGAGGGGCCACGUCCUUGGCCAAGCGUUCCCGAGCGUGCAGCUCCACAUCCGGGGAGGUGGCGACACGGGCCUCGCGGCCGCGGAACACGGCCGCCUGGUGCUCAGGCAGCACGGCCUGGUCUGGCUGGACGAGAACCUCUCGCUGAGUCACGGCUGCCGCAGCUUCGUCCAGGUCUGCCUGCGGGUCAACGGCACCGACGGCUCCGAAGGCCGCGACCUCAGCGGGGUCCGGGUGGAGCAGAGGGAGGAGCGGUCUCUGCAGAGCGCCAGCAUCAGCGGCGUGGCCGAGGUCGCCCCAGGGCACACGCUUUCCGUGCUCCUCCGCAGCGCCGGCCACCACUGUAACCAGAGCAGUGACGGCCUGCAGCUAUACAGCCCCGCAGCAGCUCCGCUCAGCCUCCUCUGGCUGUCUCAUGACACCGGGGCGGUCGCCAUGACGGCACAGGCGAUGGUGUCCGCGCACUACCACACCAACUACCGCCCGGUGUUCCGCACCACGUCCACCUCUGACCCGUACGUGGUGGGGCUGAGCCACGACGGCCGUGGGAUCCGCUUUGCAGAGAACGGCACGGUGCGAUUCGUGUUCCAGCAGGCGCUGUACUCCAUGGGCCAGGCCUGCGUGAGCGAAGGCUUCCAGCUGCUGGCCUUCGUUAACCGCAACGGAAGCAGCACCGAGGAGUGCCGCACCUUCAAAUCAGGCGUCCACUAUCGAGACACGUCCAUAUCUCUGUCCGGGGUAGCUAAGAUUGUUUCUGGGGAUACUCUGGGCUUUGAAAUCCUUUCUCCCGCUCAGUGCAACGUUCGCUUCUUUGGCGAUGAGACUGGCAUCAGUACCCUCAGUCUGGUUUGGGUUCCAGCUGCGAUUUCAUCGGCACUGUUCGCCACCGUGGCUCCCACGGGCCUCCCAUCAGGCGCCGUUCGGAACAAGCUGCUGACCUUCCAUCAGACCAGCGCUCAGGUGUCUCAGAUGGGGCUGCUGGGGAAGGGAGCCGCCGACCAGAGGCGUGAUUUUGUUUUUAGGGAGACCGGCACAGCCAGUGUGGCGCUGGAUCUCAAACUGAUCCACUCCUGCAACCUAGUCAAAGUGACUCUACUGAGGCGGAGCAGCCCACAGGGCUCCAGGGUGGGAAGGGAGGCGGACGCCACACAGCCUGUGCCCCUGGCCCAGCAGGUGGGCGGUCACAUGCCGGAGGGUAGCCAGUGGGCCAGCGUGAGCCUGCGCGCAUCCUUCCAGGUUCACAACGGAACAGCUGCCUUCUUCACGCUGGACUGUGUGCGCGGGCGGGUGAACCAGAUCAGUCACCAGACAGGAAGCGGGGUGUCAAUCCUGUGGGUGGCAGCAUAGCCACGACAAGCCAUGGGUAAAGGGUUGUUGUGCUUUAACCAGCCUGGGUUUCAUCAUCGGACUAGAACUGAUUAUGUAUUAAUCAGUUCUAGUAUUUAUACCACAGAAGCCUGGAUUCAUUGUGACUUUAUGAUCCCCUCAUGCAGUUUUCCUGCUUUCUCUUUCCGCGUGUGGUUUUGAUCUGUCUUCUAUUUAUGUAAUUCAGUUCGUCUGUUGACGCCAAAUGACUUUCACAUCAUUCCCACUGUGACUACAGCAUUUUUCUGCCGUCACUGGGGCUGGUUCCUUACAGGAGAGCACGUGUUUCAUGUUAGCGGAGAUUUUUGAAUGUGAACAUCCUCCUGCAUGCCCUGUUUAAUGUCCACUUACAGAGUCACAGCUUGUAUUUUAAAUGUGAACACGUAAAGAAACAGUUACUGUUUAUGUAAUUACAUGUAUAUUUGAUGUUUUUUACUAAAUUCAAUUAAAGCUUUUGUUGUUA